GUGUCGAGAAAGUGAUAUCGCGAGGAGCGGGAGCGUUUCGAGUUCGAGUGAUAUCAACAUUCAACGGAGUUGUUCGCACUACGCAUUGCACGGUCCGAUUUUCGAUUUUGUUCUUCGUUCAGACGGUUUUUUCUCUCGACGACGUUUUUCGUUUUUUGUUACCUCGGAUGACUAUGAACCGCACCAAUGUCUAUUGAGUUUACCUUGUCCAUUACUAUCAGCAAUUUUUGUAUGUGCUCGAUAAUGGUCCGUUUUUCUAUGCGGGACAUGUUCUAGUGUCAUCUCCGCGCAAUGCGUUCGGCGUACCUUUACUUACAAUGACUAGUUUAGUAUUUAAAGGCGUUGCCAUCAUGGACGCUACUAUUGAUUCGAAUUCCGACGAACCGAAAAGAAAAUGUCUCACCAAAUCCGAGUAUAACGCAAUGGUUGACUGGAUAGACUCGUUGAUAAAAAAUAACAAUGAUUUUAUUCUCAACCGGUAUGGUCUGUUAGCUUCAAACGCACUCAGUAAAUAUCCCCACUUACAUAGAAACACUGUACUAAGUAUUGUCGACGGUCGCAUUCAACAAUAUGUUCGGCAGCGACAUCAUAAGGUAUUUUCUAGUCCUUCCAAUGCUAAUUCCCCUUCACAUUCUCCAUCCACAUCUAGGAGUUCUGCUACAGCAAAAUCUAAACUAUAUAUGAAUCAUCGUCAGCAAGACCACAUUAAUAAACAAUUAAUCAAUUCCACAAAAACAAUGAAUGAGAGGUAUAAGGAUUUAGUAGCUAAUGGUACUGUAUCAUCUCCAUUAAUCGCGUUGGCUGAUAAAUUGCGUAUGCCAGCUAUGUUGGUCGCAAAAUUUGUACUCACCGAUCUGAUAAAAGAAGAAAAAUUGAAAGAGAAACUUGAUCAGCAACAUUAUAACAAUGACGAUAGUUUAAAUAGUAGCAUACUAGUUGAUACAAGUGGUGUAUCAAAUGUUAGUAACUUACAAAAUGAUAGUUAUACAGAAUCAAAACAAAAUGUUAGUUUCAAUGACUCAACAGCUAAAGAAUUGGAUUCUUCGUUUAGUAUUGAUGAACAGUUAUCUAAACAGUUAAACUGGCUUACCUGUAAACUGCGUUCAAUGCAUAAAUCUGAAAUAGCAUUAAACCAAUCUGAUAAUAGCUUUAAUACUAGUCAUUCAUACAGUAUGCCACCAACUAAUAAAAGUUCAAAUUUAACACCACAUCAAUUGGCCAUGUCUACUUGGUUGAUACGUAAAGAUCCACAGUUGGCUUAUGAAGUAUAUAAAUCUUCUGUCGUUGAUGGCUAUUAUGGAUCAUGUGUGGAAUUUAUCAAAAGCUGCAAUGGCAAACGCUUUGAACAAAUUUUGAAACAAAAUAUGACAUGUUUGACAAAGUCCCAGACAAACAGACCGGGAAGAAAUUAUACAACUGAAAAGGAAUGCAGAAUUCGUGGUUUAGAUAUGACACCUGAUGUGGUUCUUAGCGAACCUAUUGCCAUUUCUUUAUCUGAUGCCGACGAUUUGAAAAAUAGUCAAGAAUAUAUAGCAACUAACUAUGUUGGAGGUAAUGAAAAUGAAAUUAGAGUGUUAAAUUGGAUAGAGUCAAAAGCAAUGUUUGGUGGCCCAGAUCAAUUACGUAAGGCUACUCAAAGCCAAUUAUUUCCUUACUGGAAUCGUUAUGGUCCUGGAGCUGUAAUUUAUUGGUUUGGACAUAUUUUGGAGGAUAAUGAAAAAUAUCAUGGCGUCCAUGCUGGCGUUUCAAUAAAUAAAUAUAAUACUGACGGAACUUCCACAAGCGUUACUUCACCUUCCAAAAUUGAAUCUGCUGAAUUGUCUGCGUUCAAUUUUUGGUCAAAAUAUUGUUUAUUAAUGGAUGGAUUUCCUGCCACUAAUAAAAUUGUUAUGCAUAACCGUCAAAAUGCUUUAAAAAAGAAAAACUCAACUACAGUUACAAUGACAGUUUAAUUUUUUAAAAAG